CUCCUCUCUGGGACUGAGAAUGCCCGUGUUGUACUGACACAGUAGCGAUACGGGCUGAGUAGACAUGGAGGCCCGAUUAACGAGAGAGGCCCGUGCUGACACAUCCAGGCCUAGCUAACGGCGCGUCGGAGUGGAUUUCGGAGCAUCUCGGGAGAUUUUACGGAUACCAGCUGCUGUCAGGAAAAAGGAUUUUAACACCAAGGAAGAAGAAAUAGAAAGAGAUCCAUUUCGGGUCUCUGUUGAUUCAACGCAGCCGCCAUUUUGUUGACACACUGAUGAUACAAUGUGUCCACCACGUUGAUACACACGAAGGGAGGACACAGCCAAAUAAUGUGAACACCGUUUCUGGACAAUUACAGAGUUGAAGGACGGAGAUAGUGGGCUGGACAGCCGAGGAAAGGACAGAAGCCACCUCGAAAGCGUCACCCUCACCGUUAUCCCCCUCCCCCUUUCCCCCCUAAUCCCUAUCCCAUCCUCCAACAAAACUCUACCUGGUAUCCACAACAUCCCCUCCCUAGUAAACCUGCACACAUAGUAAAGUUCCGAUGGAUCUGAAAAACCAGGGGGGAACUGCAACUUCACCCCCUCUUCUCUCAGGUGUCCCCUCAGGGGAUCGAGAGAAGGAGGGAGGGGGUGGAAAGAAAGAAGAAGAGGAGGAGAAGAAGAGAGACAGAGAGAAGGAGGGAGCUACCACUGUCUCUGCUGGUGCAGGAGGGGCAGGAGCAAGUGGGCCAGGAGGUGCCGGUGGUGACCAAUCCCAUUUCUCCAUCAAAGAGAGCAGCCUGUCUGAGGGCAAUGUCAAACUUAAGAUUGGCCUUCAAGCAAAACGAACAAAGAAGCCCCCUAAGAUCUUGGAGAAUUACGUGUGCCGACCAGCUUUCAGGGCUACCGUGAGGCAUACUGGGCGUGGAGGAGGUGGUGCUCGAAAAAGUGCAGGGGCUACAGGUGAUGGGGCAAGCAUUCAGAGCCAGAGUACUUCAAAUGGCAGAGAAAAAGAUAAGGAGAAGAGUCCCAGUGUCAACAGACCAGCCUCAUCAUCUUCAUCAACCCCCUCUGCUAAACCUCCUACGCCACCUCCUACGGCUCCUCCUCCUGCCAGCAUUACCCUCCUGUCACCCUCCCAAGUGAAUGGGAGCGCUCUGGCAAAAAGGGGUUCACCAAAGAUGGAUUGCAAGUCUGAUACAAAGCCAGACACGAAAGCAGCCACCACCACAUCUGAGAGACCCCUUAACCUUCACCGCCCCCCACCAGACAGCAAAACGCAUCCCUCUGGGAAGAAAACACCAACCCCACAACUUAAUGCCCGGACAUCUUCACCUUCUCCACCACUACCUGCAUCAAAAGAACCCAGUUUUGAAGCUGUUAAACCUCUUCAAUACAGCUACAGCACUGAAAGUCAGAGAGACAAGGACAAGGGUGUUCAAAAUUGGGGAGCACCCACAGUCACUGAAAAAUUAGCUCAACUCAUAGCAACUUGCCCACCAUCAAAGACCCCUAAGCUAGCCAAACCUGCAAAGAUUGACCCCGCUCCUCCUCUCCCUAGCUCAGGCUUUAUGGCCCCCACAGCCAAGCAACGAGACAGGGCUAUGGCCAAUAGGAAUACAUAUUCAAGAGUAGUACACCUUUCUCCACCACCUCCUGUAUCACGGCCACCUGGUCGUCCCUAUGGUUCUAGGAACAAGGACUGUGUUAUGGAAAAUACCCCCCUGACACCACUGAGACAGGAGGACACAGAAGGAGCUGAGAAAGCUGGUAGCAGCAGCGGCAAAAGCAUCAGCAACAGCAGUAGUCGCAGCAGCAGCCCAGCACUCACUUAUGGCAAUAAACGCCUGUCAGCCAUGUCAAUGGAAAGCAACAAUGACAACAGUAGCAUUUCUAAGCCACAGUCCCAUCCAGCUCACUGCUCGGUCCACACCACAUCUUCGCCAUCUUAUCCCAUUUCAUCCUCUUCUAGCACUUCAGCUGAGCAGAGGACAUUGAGUGCAGUAAGUCACUUGGGCUCCCCUGUUCCCUCACAAGGACACCAUGCACGAGAGAGUCCUGCCUUGGCAGAGGAAAGCAGCGCAAGUGAGAGGGAGCAGGACAGUGACAGCCCUAGAGACUUAACCAGGUGCCCUCCAACAGGAACAGGAAAGCCAGAAGGGAAAGACAAAGGGGCUAGUAAUCAGUCACUGCGAAUUGAGAGGGGGAAGAGCUCUAGCCCAAGUAAGCAAAGUCCCAAUCGUGAUAGUAGCAGAACUGGUCGGAACUGCAGUCCCCCUAUGCCUGUAAGACAACGGGCUUCUUCUUCACCAGAGCCAGAUGGUGACGAAAGCCCUCCAACGCCUCUUAGAGAUGAUUCUCCUGAUUCAUCCAUAGACUCUCCAGCAGAGCAGGACAGCAAACCCCUUAAAAAACGCAGAGGAAGAAAACCCCGCUGGUCCCGUGUUAUGAACAAGCCGCAGGGUCAAAGAGCAGGCCAGGACAGUCCCUUUGACCAGAGCAAAACCACCUUGCCUUUAUCUUCAAGCUUGGAAAUGCUGUCACCACCGGUUAAGAGACCUGUGGGCAGGCCUCCAAACCCAAAUAAGGUCAAACCAAUACCUGUGUCACAAAGUCCAUCGUCACAGCUUUUCCAACCCCAGCCGAAGAAAAGGGGAAGGCCGAAGUCCAAAAUGCCAAGGCUUGACGCUCCGCCACAUGGAUGCCUUACUAACAAGCUGGCCCCCUCCAAGGUCUUUUCAUCUUUACUAAAGUCCAAAGAAGAGCAAGAUCCCCCUGUUCUUCACCCAGAGGUGGACCUGAACCCCCCUAAACCUAUGCCAAGAAAACGUGGACGCCCCAAGCGCCUUCCUCCUACCUUACCCCAGGAGGGUCAGCCUCCCACGUUGGCUCCAGAGGCAGGGGACAUGGGAGACAAACGGUUCCGCAGCAAAGGAAAUGGUCAGCUUAUCAUGAAAACUAUCAUAGGCAAGAUCAAUAAGAUGAAAAGUAUGAAACGGAAGCGUAUUCUUAGUCAAAUCUUGUUAGGCCCAAGACCAGAAGAAGCCCCUAAAUGCACCACCAGUGGGGUGGUUGGCUCUGUGGAAUCUGCAACCCAAUCGUUGUCCUCCCUGGCUGCUUCUUUUGGGGGAAAAUUAGGGCCACAAAUUAAUGUCAGUAAAAAGGGCACAAUAUACAUGGGUAAGAGGAGAGGUCGUAAACCAAAAUCUGCGACUAAUGCCAUACUAACUUCAGAACCCUUCCUAUCUCCAAACACCACUUCCCCUCUCCAUCACCAUCCAUCACAGUCCCAGCACCAGCACCAGCUCUCCUCUUCAGAGGUCUUUCCCUCCCCCUCCCUCUCACAGUCUAGUGGAGGCCACAGUCCCAUCAGUGAUGCCAGCUUUGUGGAGCCAGGUUCUGUGCACUUUGCAGGUCACUAUUCUAACCCCCAUCAUAGCCACAACGCAUUCUCCUUCCCUCCCCCAACCUUUUCAGCCCCUAAUCCUCGCAACCCAGGAUUGGGCUCAACGUCAUCAUCUGUGGCCACAGCAGCUUUCCAGAAAAAGUCAACUUGCCGUGGAUACCAUCACCACCACCACCAUUACAGACAACACUAUCAUUAUCAUAAGCUUUCCCCUCCCAGGCCGCUGCAUCCCACCUCCCCUGCCCCCCUAAGUGAGCUAAAAGAAGCCACUCCAUCACCAGUCAGUGAGUCACACAGUGAGGAGACGGUGCCCAGUGACAGUGGGAUAGGAACGGACAAUAACAGCACCUCUGACCGUGGUGAAAAAGCUGGAGGUUUGAGUGGAAUUGGGAUGCCACCAACGAUGGGCACUGGAUUAUUAAUGCCAGGGGUCAUCAGUUCAGUUAUGGGUCCAGGGGUGGGCCUUAAUUCUAGAGGAAGGCGACGUCACUCCGCUGUGCUUAUGGAACAUCCCUCACCCUCUCCAUCACCCCAUGGGGCAAGGUCAUCACCCGAUCCCAGGAGACCUCACCCAGCAGCUCCCGCCUCCUCCUUAAUAGGACACAAAGAGAAACAUAAGCACAAGUGCAAACGCCGCAACCAUGGGUGCCCUGGCUAUGACAAGCUAAAGAGACAGAAAAGGAAACGCAAGAAGAAGUACUUGCAGCUGCGCUCCCGGCGGCAUGACCCAGACUUUAUUGCUGAGCUGGAUGAGAUUGUUGUGAGACUGAGUGAAAUACGGAUAGCACACCGUACAACAGGGCACCGGCUCAGCAGUGGAAUAGGCAUAGCAGCAGGAACAAGUAGAGUGCCAGGAGUGGGAAGCAGGGCCAGUGGGGGCAUAGGAGGCACAGGUGGCCCUCCUCCACAUCAUUAUGUCCACAGGGACCUCCUGCCUACAAUCUUCAGGGUUAACUUUGGCAGCUUCUACUCCCAUCCUGCAUACUCCUGUGACCCAUUGCACUAUGUUCGUAAACCAGACAUGAAGAAGAAACGGGGACGGCCUCCCAAACUGAGGGAGUCCAUGUCUGAGGUUCCUUUUGUACCUGGGCUUGGAUUCCCCCUCUCCAGUGGAGGCUUCUACCACCCCUCCUACAGUGUACCCUACUCCUCUGGGCCUCUGGGUUUGGGCUAUUACAGAGGCUAUCCUCCAGCUAGCGCUCUGUAUCCCCACCCACACCACCAGUCACCGCACACAGCCCCAUCCCACCACUCUCAUCACUCACCGUCUUUCCCCCCUCCUCCCCCAACAUCUUACAUGCAUCAUCACCACCCUUCACAUCUCCUGCUCAACCCCUCUAAAUUUCACAAGAAAAAACAUAAGCUGCUUAGGCAGGAGUACCUGGGAGGAGGAAGGUCCCCUGUCCUGUAUCCACCUAUGUCCUCUGAGCUUUCCUUUAACUGGCACCACAAACACAAACACAGACACAAACACAGAGAGCGCUGUGCUGAGGAGGACAGAGAGGAAGCAGCAAGGGGAGGAUCAGGGAGCCGGGCUAGUGCAGGGAUUUCUGACAGUGGAGCAUCAGGGAAAGGGGAGCGAGUUGGCAGUUUAGGAAUGGCAGAGUCUUUACAACGAUGCCGCUUUGGACGAGAUACCUCCAGCACGAGUGCCAGCAAGCAAGCCGCGUCCACUUCUGCCAACUCUCCUUCUUCUUCCUCAUCCUCAUCUGCAGAAAGGUACAAGCGCAAAGAGAGCUCCAUGUCCUGUCUAGGCCCCUCCAGGCUUGCACUCGGUAGCAGCUCAAAAGGUCACCAAGUAGAGUCAUGGUUCAGAAUGGGUAGCUCUAAGACAGACUACUCUAAGCUUUCACAGAGUUGUGUGGCCCCUGGCAAGGGUCCCUUCUCAGAUGGACGGGCUGAAGACCAAGCAGGCUGCUCAGACAGCGAAGAUGAGGAGCCCCUCAGCCCCACGGAGGAUGUAGAGCCUGUAGACCAUGAUUCUCCAAACCUUACAAAUCUGUUUGCCUCUGCUAUCACCCGUACUUCGCUGAAGGGGGGCAGGAGCAGAAAGACUGAGGUAGUCACAGAGUGCCCCAGCUUCUCCCGUAUGGACCGGCCAAUUAGGAAGGAACAUCCAACAUCAGCAGAAAGGAGAGAGUUAGGGUCAUCAGGUAUCCAGACAAGAGGUGUAGCCCUCCCUACCCCUGAAGGGCAUGAAGGAUCCAUGCACCACCGGCAGCAGCACCAUCACCAACCUUCACUAUUUCACUCCCAUGGCUCUGCUUCCUCCUCCUGCCUCUCCCCCUCUCAGGACAGUUGCCUGGAUGCCUCCCUGCCCCACCAAUCCCAUCGGGCUCAGCCAUCCAAACACAGCCUGCACCAUGUCAACAAAAUCCUGCGUGCCAAGAAGCUACAGAGACAGGCUCGCACAGGAAACAACGUUGUGAAGAAGAGGGGCCCCGGACGUCCCAGGAAACACCCGUUACCCUCCCCGCCGCCAUCCCCACCACCAGUGGUUGAGUUGAACCAGACCAGGCACAGGGACAGAGGAGCAGAACGGCCAGCAGGGGGCCGAGGGUGGGAGGGGGACACUGUAACAGAUGCUAUUGAGUCGGUAGUCCAGGGUCAGCAUAGAAAAAGUCAGAAGAAGAAGCACUGGGACGGAGAUGGGGAUGAGGAAGAUGAGGAGGAAGAAGAGGACGGGGAGGUAGAAGAGACUGAGGAGCGAUUGCCGGACAGAGAGGAGAACCUGGGCAACCUGGUAGCCAUGUCCAGAGCUGGGACAGGAAGUAGCUGGCUUACCCCGGAUGAGCUCCAGCACUUUCGUGGCUCAAUUGAAAGCAAGCCAGAUGGCCACUGCUCCCCGGAACGCCCAGGCACCGUCUCCAGGGAACAAGCUCCGCCCAUUCCCAUAACCAGACAACGAGAGAAGAGAGCAGCCAGACCUCCAAAGAAGAAGUUUCAGAAGGCGGGACUUUACUCGGAUGUGUACAAGACCGAAGACCCACGGAGUCAGCUUCUGCAGCUAAAGAAAGAGAAGCUUGAGUACAUACCUGGGGAACAUGAGCAUGGAUUGUUUCCAGCUCCUAUACAUGUUGGAAAGUACCUGAGACAGAAGCGCAUUGAUUUCCAGUUGCCUUACGACAUCUUAUGGCUGUGGAAACAUGAUCAGCUUUACAAGAGGCCGGAUGUCCCCCUUUAUAAAAAGAUCAGAUCAAAUGUCUAUGUGGAUGUGAAGCCUCUUUCUGGUUAUGAAACAACUACAUGCAGCUGUAGACCGCGUGAGGACUCAACUGAAAAAGGCUGCAUGGAUGAUUGUCUAAAUAGGAUGAGUUUUGCUGAGUGCUCCCCCAGCACUUGUCCAUCUGGUGAUCAGUGUGACAACCAGCACAUCCAGAGACAUGACUGGGUCCAGUGUCUGGAGCGAUUCCGUGCUGAGGGCAAGGGCUGGGGCAUCCGCACCAAGGAGACUCUUCGCUCUGGGCAGUUUAUCAUCGAGUACCUGGGAGAGGUGGUUAGCGAACAGGAGUUUAGGAGCCGUAUGAUGGAGCAGUACUUCUCCCACAGUGGCCACUACUGUCUGAACCUGGAUAGCGGCAUGGUGAUCGACAGCUACAGAAUGGGCAAUGAGGCACGCUUCAUAAACCACAGCUGUGAACCCAACUGUGAGAUGCAGAAGUGGUCGGUAAAUGGGGUGUACAGAAUAGGUCUCUUUGCUCUUAAGGACAUCACCAGCGGCACUGAGCUCACCUAUGACUACAACUUCCAUUCCUUCAAUACAGAAGAGCAGCAAGUGUGUAAGUGUGGCUCGGAGAGCUGCCGGGGCAUCAUCGGAGGGAAGAGCCAGCGUAUAAACGGCCUGCCUGGGAAGACAGGUGGGACGCGGCGGCUGGGUCGGCUCAAGGAGAAGAGGAAGUCCAAACAUCAGCUCAAGAAACGAGAGGAAGAGUCAAGUGACAGCAACAAGUUUUACCCUCAUCUCAUGAAGCCCAUGUCCAACAGAGAGAGAAACUUUGUGCUGAAGCAUCGAGUGUUUCUCCUGAGGAACUGGGAGAAGAUGAGGGAGAAACAGGAGCUGCUGAAGAGAGAGGGUGAGAGAGAGAGGGACGCCAGCAGCCUGUCCUUGUAUACACGCUGGGGGGGAGUGAUCCGUGACGACGGCAACAUUAAGUCAGACGUGUUCCUGACGCAGUUCUCGGCCCUGCAGACGUCACGGUCGGUACGCACACGAAGACUCGCUGCCGCUGAGGAAAACACAGAAGUCACACGCACAGCUCGUCUUGCACACAUCUUUAAGGAGAUUUGUGACAUGAUCACCAGCUAUAAGGAUUCAGCUGGCCAGACACUUGCUGCUCCCCUGGUGAACCUCCCAUCCAGAAAAAGGAACAGCCAGUACUAUGAGAAGGUGUCUGACCCUCUGGACCUGAGCACCAUCGAGAAGCAAAUCCUCACCGGCCACUACAAGACAGUCGAAGCGUUUGAUACAGACAUGCUCAAAGUGUUCCGCAAUGCUGAGAAAUAUUACGGGAGAAAGUCAUCGGUCGGCAGAGACGUGUGUCGGCUGCGGAAAGCCUACUAUAGCGCUCGUCAUGAAGCUGCUGUCCAGAUUGAUGAGAUCGUGGGCGAGACCGCCAGCGAGGCCGACAGCUCGGAUUCGCUGGAGCGCGACCAUGGCCACCAUCAGGGAGGAGGAGGAGGACCGGGGUCCCACGACAAGGACGACGACAUCAUACGUUGUAUCUGUGGAAUGUAUAAGGACGAAGGCCUAAUGAUCCAGUGUGAAAAGUGCAUGGUGUGGCAGCACUUUGACUGCAUGCGGCUGGAGACCGAGGUGGAGCACUACCUGUGUGAGCAAUGUGACCCUCGGCCUGUAGACAACGAAGUUCCCAUGAUACCACAGCCUAGCUAUGCCCAGGCUGGCUCUGUUUACUACAUCUGCCUCCUUCGAGAUGACCUGCUGCUACAUCAAGGUGACUGUGUGUAUCUGAUGAGAGACAGCAGACGCACGCCUGAAGGCCAGCCUGUCAGACAGUCUUACCGUCUCUUGUCUCACGUCAACCGAGACAAACUCGACAUCUUCCGAAUUGAGAAACUCUGGAAAAAUGAAAAGGGUGAGAGGUUUGCCUUUGGCCACCACUACUUCCGUCCUCACGAGACGCAUCAUUCUCCAUCACGGCGGUUCUACCAGAAUGAGUUGUUCCGCAUGCCGCUCUACGAGAUCAUCCCCCUGGAGGCAGUGGUGGCAACCUGCUGUGUCCUCGAUCUCUACACUUACUGCAAGGGACGACCGAAGAGUGUAAAAGAGCAGGAUGUGUACAUCUGUGAUUACCGCUUGGACAAGUCGGCUCACCUGUUCUACAAGAUCCAUCGCAACCGCUACCCAGUCUGCACCAAGCCAUAUGCCUUCAACCACUUUCCCAAGCGGCUUGCACCCAAAAGAGACUUCUCGCCUCACUAUGUUCCUGACAACUACAAGAGGAACGGGGGCCGUUCUGCCUGGAAGAGCGAACGACCCAAAGGAGCUGGAGGCUGCGAGGACGACGUCUCCUCCUGCGACCGGGGUGACGACUUCCCCACUGAGGCUGAAGACGGGAGAGGAGAGGAGGACGACAUGGACAUGAAUCCCGACGAUCCUCAACUUCUUUUAGCCAAGGCCAGAGGAGCGGAACGAGAAGAGGAGGGAGACGAGGAUGAAGAUGAGGAGGAAGAGGAAGGGCAGGAGUCUGAGGAGCGCAAGGAGCUGGCGGACAGUUCCGCAGAGAGGAUAGGAGAGAUGCUCGAACUCCCGUCGUCCUCUGCCUCUUCACCGCUGCACCACCCUGUGCUGGGCAGGAGGGAGGCCCAGAGGGAACGCCUCAACAAAAUUUUGCUGGAUCUGCUGCACAGAACUCCCAACAAGAAUGCCAUAGAUGUCACUUAUCUCCUGGAGGAGGGUGCAGGGCGGCGGCUACGGCGACGGGCGCUUGGAUUCGGUGAUUUCUUGGGCAGAAAAUAAUGUUGCUACUCGCCUGUCAAGCACACAGCCUUUCACUUUUGUGAGCAAGGGGCAGAACAUGGAGAGACAGCACGAAGGGAAAUGCAGCAUUGUCUGUUGUCCGACCAUUAAGGACCACAAUGUAUCCCUGAGGACCUCUUCCGGUUUACCUCUUCCAAGACUGUCAUCUCUACUCUGAGAGGGUGGAGGGGGUUUGGAAGCGCUGACUCCAUGGUAAUUUCAGCUUUUCAAAAGUUCUCAAGGAGCAUGAAGAGAGAGCUGUCCCAGACUUCUUGCUUAUUUAAGUAGUAUGAUGCAAAACGUUGUUCUUUGUUUUUGUUUUUUUAAGUGAACAUAGGAGACAUAACCCAUGCACUUAAAUGCAUUGAAUAGUAGAGACAUGGGUAGAUGAAUUCCCCUACCAAGCAUCAUCAAUGAAACAAGUGGUACUGAAUAGGGAUGGAGGGAUGGUUUCAGGCAGUGGGGAUGUGAAUGCUGGAGAAUUGUUCCCCCUAGUGGGACCUAGCUGCAAUGACAAAAUUUAACAGAUGAGAGAAAAUCAGCGGAAGACCAUGGGGGAGAAUGGCAUAGGAGAAAUGUAAGUUGAGCAGUGUGCUCAGAUGCUGCUCAUGAGAAAGAGAGAUGAGGGUGGUGAACUGCACUUUUGGUACCAUGGAUAUUGUGAAGCUCUGUGUAAUGUAUCUAUAACGACAACACACUAACACUCUCACAGUAUUGGAUGAUGCAGUCUGAAAAAAAGCAAGUUAAAAAGUAUUUUAUCUUU